AUGGAUCCUAAAGAAAAUAAAAGAAGUUUAUGGAAGUUUGUUUAUGUUGAUGAAUAUCAGUUACAUGUUACAAUUUCUACUAUUGGUUCAACUGCUGAAUCAGCAGUAGAGGUAGAUGAUAAAAUAGUUUAUAUGGAAGAUUUAGAAAAAAGAAAACAAGUAUAUGGAAUAUGUGGAGAAUGUAAUGAACCUGGCACAGGAGAAGAUUGGUGUCAACCUUGUAAUGCUAAAAAAUUUAAGGAUAAAUUGAAAAAUUGGACUAGUGGAAAUAAAGAUAUUGAUGAAUUUAUACAACAAUCACAACUUAAUGCUGUACACCAUAGAAAAUAUCUUGAAUGGAUACCUUUUGAAAAUUUUAAAGAUAUUACUUAUAUUACCAGAGGUGGAUUUGGAUAUAUUGAUUCUUGGGGUAUUAAAAAUCAUAGAUGGAAAAGGUAUAGCAGAAAAGUUGCAUUAAAAAGUUUGGAUAAUUCAUCUUGUAUAAGUACAGAAUUUUUAAAUGAGAUUAAAACUCAUCUUCAGAUUUAUCUUCUUGAUGUUAUUCAAUGUUAUGGAAUAACUCAAGAUCCAAAUACCAAAGAUUAUAUGAUGGUUUUAGAAUAUUGUGAAUAUGGAAAUUUGAGAAAUUAUUAUAUGAAUUAUGAAUCAGAUUAUUAUUCAAAAUUUUAUAGAUUAAUAAAAAUUGCAAGAGGACUUCUAGAUAUUCAUAAUGCUGGAAAAAUUCAUAAAGAUUUUCAUUCAGGCAAUAUAUUAUAUUAUAGUGAUAGACAUCCAUAUAUAAGUGAUUUAGGAAUAAGAAUUUAUGGAGUGUUACCUUAUAUAGCACCAGAUGUUUUACGUGGAUAUCAAUAUACAAAAGCAUCUGAUAUUUAUUCAUUUGGAAUAAUGAUUAAUGAAUAUAUAUCUGAAGAAACUCCUUAUAAUAAUAUUCCUCAUAAUCAUGCUUUAGCUAUUAAAAUAUGUAAAGGACUUAGACCAAAUAUUUUUGAAUAUACACCAAAAUUACUUGCAGAAUUAAUUAUUGAAUGUUGGGAUGCUAAAGCAGAAAAUAGACCAACUGCUAAAGAAUUGUAUCAAACAUUAAAUAAAUGGUGUAAUAGCUUUAGGUUUAAGGAUAGUGAUAUUAAAUCUCAAGUAAAUGAAUAUGAUGAUAAAAUCAAAUUAAACAGAAGAAGUGAAAAAAGAUCUAAUAACAUUCAAACACAUCCACAAGCAAUCUAUACUAGUAGACUUUUAAAUUUCAAAAAUCUUCCAGAACCAGUAAAUUCAGAUUCCGAAUGUUUUGAUUGUCAAUUAGACGAAUUAGAUCUUGAAGAAAUUAAUCAAAAUGAAGAAAAUAAUACUGAAUGA